GCACCUGCUGGCUGCUGUUGCCGUGCCGUGCCGCGCCUGCGUUGCGUACCAUCGCGCCGCGGCAGGCACCUCAACCCCUGGCGAUGGCCAUGCGGUCCCGGCCUCGCCGCUCCGCCGGCCACCUAUACCACCUCCGCCUCCCCCGGCUCCUCUUCCUCCUCCCGUUCGCUCUCCUCCUCAUCCUCCUCGCGCGCCUCCCCGCGCUCCUCCGCCGCGCCAACGCACACGGCCGCCAGUGCAUGCCAGCCGCCACCGACCGCCCCAUCCCCUUCCCUCACCCCGUCCCGGACCCCCGCCUCAGCCUUGCCAUAGUCACCCUCGCCGACGAGGACGCCGGCGGGCCGGGCGCGCGCCGGUCCUUCCGCGGCGUGCUGGCGGCAUCCGCGCGGAACAAACGCGCCUACGCGGCAGCGCACGGGUAUAGCCUCGUCGCGCUCCCCGCCUCUGCCGUCGACCCCAGCCGCCCGCCCAGCUGGAGCAAGGUCCUCGCGCUCCGCGCCCACCUCCGCCACCACCACUGGCUCUUCUGGAACGACGCGGAUACACUGGUUACUAACCCGGAAAUCCCGCUGGAGAGAAUUUUAUUCUCAGUGAUCGGACAUAAUAAUUUUGUUGAGUCACCUGAUCUUGUUCUGACAGAGGAUUUCGGUGGUGUGAAUGCUGGAGUUUUCUUCAUAAGGAGGUCAAAAUGGAGUGAGAAGUUUUUGGAUACAUGGUGGAACCAGACAUCAUUUAUACAGUUUGGUUCUACGAGAAGUGGAGAUAAUGCAGCACUCAAGCAUCUCAUAGAUCACUUAUCAGCUGAAGAAAUGCAAGAGCAUGUUCGGAUUGUAAAAAUGCAGUGCCUCUUCAAUUCCUACCCGUGGAUCCUCACAUUGAAAUCGGUGCACCGCCUGAUCUUCCACCUGCCCACUACGUGGAAAGGGGUUUAUUCAGACGGAGACUUUAUGAUUCAUUUUGCUGGUCUGGAUGACAAGCAAGGUUGGACGAAUAAGAUUCUUAGAGAGAGAGAGAAUCAAAGAUAAGCUGAUUUAGAUUCACAGUUAGUCUAUGGAGCAAUCAGAAGAUUAUGCAAAGGCCCUGAUUUUUUUUCCUGAUAUAUUCCUGGUAUACUUGUAGACGUAGUACAAGACGUCCUAGUCAAAAGUGUGGCAUCUGGAAGGUCUAACCAGGCAACCAGAAGUUUGUGUGAAAAGCCUUGACUCGCUUGGUAUUUCGUUUGGUGUGGUCAAAAGUUAGCUGUGCCACGUCAGGAUGUACCCAGGGCGUGUUCACAUCCUCUUGCUAUCA